AGGCGGAAGUGAUGUCGACUAUAGGCGGAAGUGGGAGGUUAGAUUGUCCUCUCUCUUUUUUUGUAGCUUUUUCUGGGUAGGAUGGAGGCGGUGGGAUCUCUUAGCGCGGAGGCGUUGCGGGAGCGGCUGCUUCAGGAGCUGGAGGCUGAGCAUGUGGAGGUGGAAGACACGACCCCUGGGCGCUGUGCCACAAGCUUCAAAGUCCUGGUAGUCUCCCCACGUUUCCGGGGUAAGCCAUUACUUCAGCGGCAUCGGCUGGUCAAUGAAGUCUUGGCAGAGGAGUUGAAACUCAUUCAUGCCUUUGAGCAGAGAACUCUAACACCAGAACAGUGGGCGAAAGAACAAGAAGCUAAGUGAGAGGUGCAUCCCCUGGGACAAAGAGAACAGCUUCAAGACCAAAAGAACUGCAUAAAAGGACAGGAGAGGCAACCAUGGAAUGGAUGUAUGAUGCAACUGAGGGACUCAUUUGUGCCACGCCAGUGGCAGUGUGGGGGGGACUUGGAAAAAUAAGAAGCAGAAAAUAAAAUAAUUAUUUGCUUGCA